AAGGAAAGGAAGCCCUCGCCUCGAUAUCUUUCAUAUAAUUUCGUUGCAGCAGCCAUUUUCCUCUUUUCUCCGCGCUUCCUCGCCCCUCACCGGCCCCAAUCUUGUCUCCUCCUCUUCUUCCUUCUCUCGCCUCUCCCCGUCUCCCGUAUUUUUCGCUCGCCUUCCGUCGCACGGAAGAAGGGGGAGGAGGCUUCCCUUUGUCUCUUUCUCUCACGCCAUUCCCUGCUGCUUCCGCUGCGUCGCCGUGCGCCAUCCAAGGUGAAGAAGAAAGAGGGGGGGGGGGGGAAUAAUUUAGGUUUAGUUAAAAUAAUUGAUUGGGAAAUGUCCGGUGCAAUAGUUGAGGACUAUGAGACGGCUGGCAGGUCUUCAUCAACAGAGGAGAUGUUAAGCGAGCAGCGUUGCCAGUCUGGGGAUUCUCUUGCAGAAUGGCGGUCUUGUGAGCAGGUCGAGAAUGGAACACCUUCGACUUCACCUCCUUACUGGGAUACUGAUGACGAGGAUGACUGUGGUGAACUUCUAUUUCAGGACCAAAGCCUUCUGAGUUGUAUGGAAGAUUUACAUGGAAGAUAGAAAAUUUUUCAACAAUCAACAAAAGAGAAUUGCGGAGUAAUGCAUUUGAAGUUGGUGGUUACAAAUGGUACAUUUUAAUUUACCCACAGGGAUGUGAUGUCUGCAAUCAUCUAUCAUUGUUUCUUUGUGUUGCUAAUCAUGACAAACUUCUGCCAGGAUGGUCUCAUUUUGCACAAUUCACGAUAGCUGUAGUGAAUAAGGAUCCAAAGAAAUCUAAAUACUCAGAUACAUUGCAUCGAUUCUGGAAGAAAGAGCAUGAUUGGGGAUGGAAAAAAUUUAUGGAGUUGUCGAAAGUAUAUGAUGGCUUUAUUGUUGCUGACACUCUUGUUAUCAAAGCUCAAGUUCAAGUUAUUAGGGAGAAAGCACACCGCCCAUUUCGUUGCCUAGAUCGUCAAUACCGAAGAGAACUGGUUCGAGUAUAUUUGUCAAAUGUAGAACAAAUCUGUCGACGAUUUGUUGAAGAGAGGAGAGGCAAGCUCAGCAAGUUGAUGGAAGAUAAAGUGAGGUGGUCAAGUUUUCGUGCUUUCUGGUUAGGAAUUGACCCACAUGCGAGGCGACGCAUGUCAAGAGACAAAACAGAUGCCAUAUUGAAAAUAGUUGUUAAGCAUUUUUUCAUAGAGAAAGAAGUCACAUCUACCUUAGUUAUGGAUUCUCUCUACAGUGGGCUGAAGUAUCUAGAGUGCCAGAGCAAGAGCAAGAAAGGGAGAGCAAAGCUGAUAGAUAUGGAGGAAUUACCAGCUCCAAUGGUCCUCAUCGAUAAAGAUAUGUUUGUGCUGGCUGAUGAUGUGUUACUAUUGCUAGAAAGAGCAGUUUCAGAGCCCUUACCUAAUCAGCCUUUGCCUCCUAAAGAUGAAAAGUGUGCACAGAACCGUGCAAAGGAUGGAAAUUCUGGAGAAGAAUAUAACAAAGAUUCCAUUGAGCGUGAUGAACGGCGCCUUACAGAGCUGGGCCGCAGAACUGUGGAAAUUUUUGUUCUAGCACAUAUCUUCAGCAGUAGAAUUGAAGUUGCCUAUCAGGAGGCUGUUGCUUUGAAAAGGCAGGAGGAGCUCAUUCGUGAGGAGGAAGCAGCUGGCCAAGCUGAAAACGAGCUUAGGGCAAAACGUGGUGCUGUUGAGAAGGAAAAGCGUGCAAAGAAAAAACAGGGUAAACAGAAGCGGAAUAAUCGCAAAGGUAAAGAUAGAGGAAGGGAUGAGAAGUCCGAUGCAAUAGUGCAGGAAAAACUCCAGCAGCAAAACCCAUCUGAUGAAAGAGGUCUGGAUGACUUCCCUUCUAAGAAGACAGAAUCGGUGAUUGAAAAGAUCGACACACUGGAAGAUGCAUCUGAUGUAUCAAAUGGAGACGAAGUUGCCGAGAUCCUUCAGCCUGAUUUAGAUGACAGAGCUAACAGCACUAUCAAUUGGGACACAGAUGCUUCAGAAAUCCGGCCUCCCAUGGAAGCUACUAGUAGUGAGGUACAAAAUGGGCAAACGGAUAAGAGAAACCCUUCUGUAAUGGAUGACAGCUCCUCAACGUGUUCAACUGACUCAGUCCCUUCAAUUGUCAUGAAUGGACCAUACAAGGCAAGCACUUUGCCAAUCAAAAGCCAAGCCUCACCCAGCAGAGCCAAAAAUCUGCGGGGUAAAGAAAUACAUGAGCGAACAGGUUUUACUCAUGGUGGGAAUAAUCCACCAUCUAAUACCACUGUUGAUGCUGGUCGUUCAUGUGAUGUCUCUAGCAGUAGAUCUUCCCAACCUGAAUCAGAGGCUGUGGUACUUUCUUCGAAGAAUCGGGAUGAGGAAGCUGUAUAUCUACAAAAGAAAUUAAACGUCAAAGAUCAAGUUGAUGUUGAGAGGCCUUCUAAAACAAGGAUAGCAGAAUCAUCCUCUUCUUCAUCCAGUCCUGGGAAAAAGCCACCCUACAUUCUACAGCAGCCAAAGCAAUCCUCUGAAACAACUGCCAGGACAUCUGCCACUGCUUCCACCACAACCAUGGUUGAGCCAGUUUCUUGUAAAGAGCCGCCAUCAAGUAGCACACCCCAGAAUGAUAAACCAGUUCCUCCAACAUCAAGGUCACCGCAAAUUUCCUCCACGUCCAAAUCUGAAGCUUCAAGACACAUUAUUCGCUUGAAGAACACCAGUAGUACGAACCAAGUAACUGCAUUGUCAAGGCCUUCCAGUGCUCCUCUUAUCCCAGCACCAAGACCAACUGCCCCCAUGGCUUCCACAGUUCAAACAGUGCCUUUACUUUCACGCUCUGUAAGUGCGGCGGGUCGGUUGGGUACUGAUCCAUCUCCAUCUGUCCCAAGUUACAUUCCUCAAUCAUACCGAAAUGCCAUAAUGGGUAAAACCACCAUGGGUGCAAGCCUGACAGGUUUUGCUCAUCACUUGACUUCCACUGGCCAAGGUGCUGGGUUCUCUCAGCCCUAUUCAGCUGUGGUAUCAUCUUCAUCUGUGCUUCCUCCGCAGAACGGUGGUAGGAAAGACCGAAGCUCAGUUAGACCUGAAUUUACUUUUGGAUCAGUGAAGCCAGAAGCACUCCAUGGCCAGCCCCCAUGGAAAGAUGACUCCUUACGUCAGGAAGCUAGCAGCAGCGAUGCACAGUCCAGCUCAAAUCCUGUGAGUGACGUUGAAAGGUUUGACAUUCAUGGGGAAAUGCGAGCAAAACAUUUUUCAGCUGAGAUUCCUUCCAGAACUUCCUCAUAUCACGCACAAGCAAUGGUUGCAUAUGAAUUCCCCCAUCUUGAUAUCAUCAAUGACUUGCUUGAUGAGGAACAAAGCAAUGGAAAGGCAGCAAAUGGUCUCCACCAACAUCACCACCACUCUUUCAGCCGCCAAUACUCUUUCCCUGUCAAUCCUUCUGCAACUGACAUUGGCUCGUUAAAUGGCUCUUGUCGGUUUGACCAAAGUGAGCAGUAUUAUGACGAGGGAUUCCAGAGAGUCUAUGGCUCCUCUAAUAGCUCUCUUCAUGGGCUGAGGGAGGGACAUUUUUCACAAGUUGACCUUUCAGUCUAUGCGAAUGGCCAUGUUGAUGGAGUGAUGCAGAACCAGUGGCCAUAUGGCCACACUGAUCUGUCAAUGCUGAAUUUGGGAACUGGAGAUGCCAAUGGGUACUCAUACCAGCUCCCGGAAUAUUCUGAUCUGGCAAGUGGGGUAAACGGGUACAACAUGUACCGCCCUGCCAAUGGGCAUUGAGGGCACAUAUAAGGAUUCAUCAUUUCAAUCGUAAUAAUGUUUGUAAUUGAGGUAAUUUGCUGAGCUUUGGAGUGAGGUGUAAUCCUUACCUUUGAUAAGAGGACAUUUUGUAAAGAAUGAUUCCGCAUUUCUUCACUUGUGCCUACUGCUGUGGGCUGUUUUAAGGUGUUUCUGAAGUUUUCCUUGCCUUCUAGAAAGCUAAGUAUUGAUAUUUUCUAUUUCGGAGGUAGGAUAGCUGAUUGUAUUUUGUUAGAAGCCGUGAAAUUGCCCAAGUAUGGAGCUAAUCGAUGUAACUGUGGUGAUAAGGGUGUGCUUCCCAGAGGUCGUUACCAAUACAGGUGAAAUUUUUCUUCUUUUUGUCGGCAUCUGGGUUCUUAUCUUUGGCUACUCUUAAUUUACUUUCAUGAAUAAAAUUUUCUUCAUGGGUUC